UACGGUACCGGUCCACACGAGCUUCAGAAGUUACUCACGGAGAUCUGUUACCACUCAGAAAGUGAACUGAACAGCGUGUGAUUGAUCAGGGGAUGGAGAUUCGGAUCAGCGCUCGGCUCGGUUUCAUCUGCUCGGUUCUUCUGAUUCACUGUGUCCACGGAACCCGUGCAGCAGGCUGCAGUCAGGAGCAGUUCAGGUGUGGAAACGGGAAAUGCAUCACCAGCCGAUGGGUUUGUGACGAUGCGGACGAUUGUGGAGACGGAAGUGAUGAGCUUCUUCAGUCCUGCCGAGAGAAGUCGUGUUUGCCGGGGCAGUUCAGCUGCGGCGGGCGUCUGAAUCAGUGUGUGUCCACCAGAUGGCACUGCGACGGGAAGACCGACUGCGAGAACGGCGCAGACGAGCAGGGCUGCGCGCUGAAGAACUGCACGGAUGGGGAGUUUCGCUGUCGUAGCGGUCAGUGUGUGUCGCAGGCGUUCGUCUGCGAUGAGGAUUCGGACUGUGACGACGGCAGCGAUGAGGACUCGUGUCCCGUGCCCACCUGCGGCCCCGGCUCCUUCCAGUGCAAUAACUCCGUGUGUGUGCCUCGGCUCUGGGCCUGCGACGGGGACGCCGACUGCGCCGACGGGUCCGACGAGUGGCUCCAGAACUGCCCGUCCGGGGCGGGUCCGAAACCGGCGCCGGCCUGCAGGGGUCACGAGUUCCCGUGUGGCAGCGGAGAGUGUGUUCACGGCAGCUGGAGGUGCGACGGAGGCUUCGACUGCAGCGACCACUCAGACGAGGACAACUGCACUUCGCCCACGUGCCGCCCGGAUGAGUUCCUCUGUAGCGACGGCGUCUGCAUCCCAGGACAGCGUCAGUGUGACGGGAACCCUGACUGCCGGGAUCAGAGCGAUGAGAUGGACUGCGUCACGGUGAACAGGUGCGAGGAGCCAAGCCGCUUUAAGUGUAGCAGUGGCGAGUGUAUCAGCGCAGACCAAGUGUGUGACAGUCAGACAAACUGCAUCGACGGGUCAGAUGAGCCUACCAUAGACUGCAACACUAACGAGUGCCUCAUCAACAACGGCGGCUGUUCUCACGCGUGCAACGACCUGAAGAUCGGAUACGAAUGCUUGUGUCCGACAGGAUUUCACCUGAUCAACCGCACGCACUGUGAAGACGUGGAUGAGUGUUUGGACGCUGACAGAUGCUCUCAGAUCUGUGUAAACCUGCCGGGCAGCUUCAAGUGUGACUGUAAUGAAGGAUUUGAGAUGGAUCACAUGACCAAAGACUGCAAAGCUCUUACAGGAUCGGAAGCGUUCCUGCUCUUCAGCACGCGUCACGAGGUGAGGAAGCUGGCGCUGGGCAGCAGGGAAUACACGUCCCUGAUCCGCCAGCAGAAGAACGUGGCGGCGCUAGACGUGGACAUCCCCAACGACAGGAUCUUCUGGUCUGACGUGAGCCAGAGAAAGAUCUACAGCGCCGCGACUGCUGACCCCGCCCACCAAACCACUGUGAUUGACAGCCAGAUCUCCAGGCCCGAGGGUCUGGCUGUGGACUGGAUCCACGGGAACAUCUAUUGGACGGAUGGCGAGCUGCAAACCAUCUCUGUGGCGACGGCGGACGGCGGGAAACGCAAGACGCUAAUCAGCGACGGCCUGCAGAAUCCUCGCGCGAUCGUCGUGGAUCCUCAGCACAAUUUCAUGUUCUGGACGGACUGGGGCGAGUCGGCCCGGAUUGAGAAGAGCGGACUGAACGGUGCCGAUCGGACGGCUCUCGUCACAAACAACAUCGUCUGGCCGAACGGCAUCACGCUCGAUGUGGUGAAUCAGCGUCUGUACUGGGUCGACUCAAAGCUACACACGCUGUCCAGCAUCGGAGUGAACGGAGGCGGGCGGCACACGCUGAUCUUCAACCCACAGAAGCUGCCGCAUCCGCUGGCGCUGGCCGUGUUUGAGGAGAAAGUCUUCUGGACCGACGCGUCCAAUAGCGGCAUCUGGAGCGCGAACCGCAUGACGGGCCGAGACAUCACUGCUGUGGCCGAACAUCUGCAGUCUCCUGAAGACAUCGUGCUGUAUCACAGUCUGAAACAGCCUACAGGAAGAAACUGGUGCAGGGAAGCGGCUUUGGUCAACGGCGGCUGUGAGUUUCUGUGUCUGCCGGCGCCGCUGAUUAACGCACGUUCACCCAAAUACACGUGUGCUUGUCCUGAUCACAUGACCCUGGGCGAGGACAUGAGGACGUGUGUGUCAGGUCCGAACGCCACAGCGCCCCCUCAGGUGACGUCGAGAACUGCAAGCAGAACAUCUGUGCCGUCUCAACAUCAGAGCGGAGACGCCACACAGACGGGCUCUCGCAGGGGAGCGGAUGCAGAACAUGAGCCGGUCUCCAGCCCUUCCCAGCAUCCCACAGUCCUGUUCAUCGCCUUUCCAGUCGUGGCCGUGUGUCUGCUGGCGUUCGCCGCUGUGAUGGUUUGGAGACACUGGCGUGUGAAGAACACCAACACCAUCCACUUCUCCAACCCGGUGUAUCAGAAGACCACCGACGACACGGUCCACAUCUUCAGGAGCCCCAGCCUGGACGGGUACUCGCAUCCAUCGUGUCAGAUGAUCAGCAUGGAUGAAGACGCCGCCUGACGCUCCUCCAGAAACACUGUAAACGCUGCUGUGAAACUGAAGGACUCGUCCUGAUGUGCCUCGUGACUCCAGGAUCAAGCCUUUUCAUGUUAAACAUCAUGAGGAAUGAAGACACACACACACACACACACACACUCGUAUCUAAUGAAUGUUCAUCGCUCUUCCGCUCGAUGUCAGGAGAGUGUAUGAGACUCGUGGCUUUGCACACUCCAAACACGCGCUUUUAAGAUCCAGUUAUUGAAGGUAUUACCACUUUUUUUUUUUUACAUUUACUGUAAACGAUCCUUGUAAAUAUGGAUGAUUAUGUAAAUGUGGAGGGACGGGUGUCUCUCUUCUUGCACUAUAUAUGUUCUCUGUCACGUAGGCUUUAUUUAUUUCUCUCUCACAGACACACUUGAACGAUCCUUUGUCUCAGUUUUUAUAAAUGCACAGCGCUGCUUUAGUAAUAAGAGCGAUUCGUUCGCUUCUGUAGGGCCUUAAACCAGCGAACGUGCCUGAUGUACAGCAUGAUGUGUCGUAGUGUUUGAACGCACAGAAUUCCCCAUGAUGCCUUUGAACCGGUCCUCAGGGUCUGUGAUUCAGGUGACCUCUGACCUCAGCU